AUGGCACUGUCAAAUAGGGGAAUACGAAUUGCAAUUGACCGGGGUGGCACUUUUACCGACUGUGUCGGAAACCCAGGCACAGGGAAACUAGAGGACGAUAUCGUUAUCAAACUCCUAUCGGUUGAUCCUGAUAACUACGAUGACGCACCCCUGGAAGGUAUUCGCAGGUUACUUUCCAAGUUCACAGGUCGCGAGAUUCCGCGAGGUGAACCCCUCGACACCUCCCAAAUCGAAAGCAUUCGGAUGGGCACGACUGUAGCAACGAAUGCGCUCCUGGAACGGAAAGGAGAAAGAAUUGCGCUCAUAGUCACAAAAGGCUUCAAAGACUGCUUGCAGAUUGGAAACCAGUCUCGUCCGAAAAUAUUCGAUUUGGCAAUUAGACGUCCGGAAGUACUGUAUGAAAAGGUCAUUGAGAUUGAUGAACGGGUGACUUUGGAAGACUAUGCAGAAGAUCCGACAAGAAACAGAACAGAGACACCGACCCGCGAACAGACAUCAUCAGGUGCAGAGAUAAUCCGCGGUCUAUCCUCAGAGGCGGUUAGGAUCCUGCAGAGGCCAGCAAAAGACACCGUGAGAGAGCAGCUGCAGCAACUGUACAACGACGGCUUUCGCAGUAUUGCUGUCUGUCUCAUGCACGGGUACACCUUCCCAGACCAUGAGGCAUUUGUUGGUCAAUUGGCCCGAGAGAUCGGAUUUGAGCACAUCAGUCUGAGCCACGAGUUGAUGCCGAUGAUUAAGCUAGUACCACGAACAACCUCUGCCUGUGCUGACGCAUAUUUGACUCCAACAAUCAAGAAGUAUAUCGCUGGGUUUCAGGCGGGCUUCGAGGGCGGAUUAGGUGCAGAGUCUGUGCAGAAUAGCAGCGGCUCUAAAAGCGCCCGAUGCGAGUUCAUGCAAUCAGACGGCGGUCUCGUGGAUGUUAGCCAAUUCUCCGGUCUCAAAGCUAUACUAUCAGGGCCAGCGGGCGGAGUCGUCGGCUACGCUUUGACUUCCUAUGACCCCAAGACUAGAACCCCGGUUAUUGGGUUUGAUAUGGGGGGUACAAGUACAGAUGUCAGCCGUUACGGAGAAGGGAGAUAUGAACAUGUCUUUGAAACGACUACUGCAGGUGUGACCAUCCAGUCCCCGCAACUGGAUAUCAACACUGUCGCUGCUGGGGGCGGUUCCCAACUGUUCUUCCGUAACGGACUCUUCGUUGUCGGCCCGGAAUCUGCUGGUGCCCAUCCUGGCCCGGCCUGCUAUCGGAAAGGAGGCCCAUUAACUGUGACAGAUGCCAAUCUGUUUUUAGGAAGGCUCUUACCUGACUUCUUCCCCAAGAUCUUUGGAAAGAAUGAGAAUGAAGGACUGGACGAAGAAGCUAGUCGUAAGAAGUUCAAGGAGCUCACGCAACAGAUCAACGAUGAAUUAUCCAAGUCAGGGGAAGAUAAGAAGAUGACACCGGAUGAAGUGGCAUAUGGUUUCAUAAAGAUCAGUAAUGAAACCAUGACUAGACCUAUUCGUUCACUUACUGAAGCUCGAGGCCAUGAUACAUCGAAACACCGUCUUGCCACAUUUGGCGGUGCCGGUGGUCAACAUGCCGUAGCCAUCGCCGAGGGUCUGGGAAUACGGCAGAUCCUCGUGCAUCGAUACUCCUCCGUACUUUCGGCAUAUGGCAUGGCUUUAGCUGACGUUGUGGACGAGAGGCAGGAGCCAGAAUCAGCGAUUUGGUCCACUGCUGAUGAUGUGCAAAAGAAGUUGAAAUCCAAAAUGGCCGAGCUAAAGAACAAAUCCGGAGAUAAGCUUCGUGCUCAAGGCUUCGACGACGACUCGAUCGUGUUUGAAGAAUAUCUCAAUAUGAGGUAUAGAGGCACUGAGUCGUCACUUAUGAUCAUCAAACCAACUCCAGAAGAAGCCCGUGAUCUCUAUGGAGGAGACGAAUGGGUAUUCGGAGAGGCCUUUGUCAAGCAACAUGAGCGAGAAUUUGGGUUCGUUCUACCUGAUAGAGAUAUUAUCGUUGACGAUGUCCGAGUACGCGGUAUCGGCAGAAGUUUCCAGGAACUUGGCAAAACCGUUGAUCAACAACUACGGGAAGCCAAACCUCGUGACGUUGACAGCAAGAAGAUAUAUCAGACGAAGAAAGUAUUUUUUGAGGGAGGACGUCUUGAUACGCCCAUCUAUAAACUGGACGAUCUCGAUGUCAAUGAUCGCGUGAAAGGACCCGCAAUCGUAGCAGACAAUACACAAACACUGGUUGUGACUCCAGGUGCUACUGCGCUGGUCACGGAGACACAUGUAGUGAUCAACAUUGGAGAGAAUGAUGUCCUUGGGGUCAAGGCUGACACUAGUGGAGUUGACCCAAUUAUGCUUAGUAUCUUUGGCCAUCGUUUCAUGGCGAUAGCAGAGCAGAUGGGUCGUGCUUUACAAAAGACCAGUGUGAGCACCAACGUCAAGGAGAGACUCGACUACUCGUGUGCCUUGUUUGACUCUGAUGGAGGGUUGGUUGCCAACGCACCGCAUCUCCCUGUACAUUUAGGAAGUAUGUCAACCUGCGUACGUACUCAGGCGAAUAUCUGGAGAGGGAAGCUUAAACCUGGAGAUGUGGUUGUAUCCAAUCAUCCCGAAUUUGGAGGUACCCAUCUUCCGGAUAUUACCGUGAUUACACCGGCCUUUGCAGGGGAUGAAAUUAUCUUCUACGUAGCGUCUCGAGCGCAUCAUGCCGAUAUUGGAGGCAUUCUACCCGGAAGCAUGCCCCCUCAUUCGAAAGAGCUUUAUCAGGAAGGCGCAGCAAUCAAGUCAGAAAAAUUGGUAUCUGAGGGCCACUUCAAUGAGGAACGCAUCACAGAGCUCCUCUACCAUGAACCAGCACAGUACCCAGAUUGUAGUGGUACUAGAUGUCUUGCGGACAACUUGAAUGAUCUGAAAGCGCAGAUAGCAGCAAACCAAAAGGGCAUUAACCUCAUCACUAACCUUAUUGAGGAAUAUGGGCAAGAUGUAGUCCAGCAUUACAUGAUCAAGAUUCAGGAAAAUGCGGAACUUAGUGUCAGAAAUCUGCUCAAAGGUGUGAGCCAGAGGUUCAAAGGCCAGGAUCUCACGGCUAUUGAUUAUAUGGAUGAUGGGAGUCCUAUUAAGCUACGUAUUUCAAUAGACGCAGACGAGGGAGCUGCUGUUUUUGACUUUUCGGGCACUGGGCCUGAAGUUUAUGGAAACAUCAAUGCACCAGAAGCUGUUACAUACUCAGCAAUCAUAUAUUGUCUGAGAUGCCUGAUCUCGGAGGACAUUCCUCUCAACCAAGGAUGUUUGAAGCCCAUCAGAGUUCACAUUCCGAAAAACUCUUUCCUUUCGCCAUCAGAAAGUGCCGCAGUUGUCGGCGGAAACGUUCUAACAAGCCAACGAGUCACAGAUGUGAUCCUUAGGUGCUUUAAUGCCUGCGCUGCAUCGCAAGGAGACACAAACAAUCUGACAUUUGGCUUUGGCGGUAACGUAUCCGGAUCAAAAGCAACCCAGGGUUUCGGAUAUUACGAAACUAUAGCUGGAGGCAGUGGUGCCGGCCCUGACUGGGAAGGCACAUCAGGAGUUCACACUCACAUGACCAAUACCCGAAUCACAGACGCCGAAGUCUUUGAACGACGCUACCCAGUUAUACUGCGUGAGUUCAGCUUACGACCUGGAUCUGGAGGGUUGGGACAGCACUGUGGUGGAGACGGUGUUGUCAGAGACAUCGAGUUUCGAAUCCCUGUUCAAGUAUCUAUUCUUUCUGAGAGAAGGGUAUACAAACCCUAUGGAUUGGAGGGCGGCGAAGAUGCGCAAACAGGUCAUAACUUAUGGAUCCGAAAGAUUCCCAGGAAAGACAAGGACGGAAAUGAAUUCAUCGAAGACAGGCUCAUUAACCUGGGAGGUAAGAAUAGUAUCAAGAUGCAGCCUGGUGAAAGGAUUGUGAUUAUGACUCCUGGAGGUGGUGGCUGGGGUGUUGCCGGUGAGGAGAGUAAGGCUAAGAAGAAGCUUGAUGCGCGACAUGGUUGGAAAGGAGGUUCAAUCGCGAAUAUUUUGGCUACUCAGGAGGCGAGUAUCUAG